AUGGCAAAAGGUGGUCAGUCUGACCGAAUGAAAUCACUGAAAAAAAGCAAUGAUAGUCUGAAGAAGCAAUUAGAGAAUGCACGAAAGGAUAUCAAGAGAUUAGAAGAGAGAGUUGAGGUCCAAGAACAUGCAUCGAAGGAACAUAAUGCGGACCUUCCCGCGAGGUGCAAUUAGAGACCGAAAGAAGCUUAAGUUGGCUCCAUGAGAGCGAAAGCGACAUUCAAAGCGAACUUAGAGCAAUCCGUAAACGGCUUGAUGAUAUUGAAGAAGGUCUCGGAGAACUGGAAGGAGCUGUUGAAGAGUUUCAGGAUUAUAGUUACUCUUUCAAUAUAA